UCUAGCGUGUCUUCAUCGCGUGCCCGCCGUUCCUUGCACCACGCGCGACCCUCUGGCAGGGCAUCAGCGAGACGCAACACUACCGAUUGAGCAUGUCGGGUUUCCAAGGCAGCCCGCCGCCGGGUGGGAAUUACUAUCCGCGUGAGUGGGGAUCCCAUGCGCAUGUGUACGUAGGAAGCAGAGGAGCUGACAGCAUCCCAGCACCGCCCGAGAAGGGAGGCUACGGCGCCCCACCAGACCAGUCACAGCAGUACUUCGCGCCACCUCCAGGCGGCCAAUCCUACCCCCCGCCGCCCUCGUCGCCCCCCGCGCAGCAGCAACAGCAGCAGCAGCAGCACUAUCCGCCCCCACCUGCGCAACAACAACACUUCUCCCCGCCGCCCGACCACCACGCACAGCAGCAGCAACAACAACACUACCCCCCACCUGGCGGCGCACCACAACAGACCCCCUAUGGUGCACCAAGCCCGAGCCCGCAUCCGGGCAUGCCGCCGCAGCAGAUGAGCCAGCAGUAUGUCCAGCAGCAGGAAAAGCAGCCGCAGGUGCAGGUACAGCAGAUGCCCAGCCAGCCGCAGUUCACGGGCGCGGGGAGCACGCAGACAGACGAUGUGGGCACGUUCAAUGGCGGGAGCUAUCGGGUUAGCCACAGGGAUACAAACACCAUUUUGACGGUGCAGCUGGCAAUUGGGGCGCCGUUUACUGCGAAGCCUGGCGCCAUGAUCGCCAUGUCCCCGACCAUAACCCUCAAAGGCAACAUCAAGUUCUCCCUCAAGAAAGCCCUCGUCGGCGGCGACAUGAGCAAGUCCUCCUACACGGGGCCCGGCGAGCUGCUCCUCGCGCCGCCCUCCAUCGGCGACAUCACCAUCAUCAAGCUCGCCGGCCACGAGCAGUGGUCCGUCGGCAAAGACGCCUUUCUCGCGUGCACGCAGGGCAUCGUGACGGAAUACAAAUCGCAGGGGCUCGGGAAGGCGAUUUUCUCCGGCGAGGGCUUGUUCGUGUACAAGAUCAGCGGACAAGGGAUUCUAUGGGUAACCAGCUUUGGCGCGAUUAUAAGGAAGGAUCUCCAAAAAGACGAAAAAUACUACAUCGACAACCACCACCUCGUGGCGUGGAACUGCAAGUACGUGCUCGAGCGCGUGGCGUCGGGCGGCAUCAUAUCGAACGUCACGGCGGGCGAGGGGCUGGUGUGCAAGUUCACGGGGCCCGGGACCGUGUUUAUGCAGACGAGGAAUCCGAGGGAGUUUUCGGCGUGGCUGGCCGGGCAGUCGUUGCAGAAUCCGUGAGGUGUGGCAGGGUAGUGGAUUUAGCGUUUGUUACGAAAUACGAGAAUGGGUCGUGAAUCGAUGAUUGAUGGUUUGAGGCCUCGGCAAAGGCGAUGCGUGAGGAGUUGUCAAUACCACUAACACCAGAGAUAAUGUAGCAUAUCCCGAUUCUAGUUACGUACCGUAGCUCAAAUAAUCCCAGGGUCAACUGCCGACAAUCUGAUGAUAUGACAGGUUACUGGAUCCCUUGCGUUUUGGCGAGAAAUUUCGUCCUUUCUCUGCAGUAGAAUGG